AUAUUUCGAAUUACGUAUAGCAAAGAGUAUGUUUUAAUAGAGGAAAUUACAGUGCUAGGGGUGUUUGACACGAGACAAUAAGACCAUAAACGCCGAAACCAUCACCGGAACAAGAGCAGAAGAUCCCUUUAUAUUUCUAUUGUCCGUUUGUCCAACCUGUUAAACAUGUAUAUUACCCAUCAAAUGAAAGUUGAAGUCGAUUCAUUUUCAGGUUCCAAGAUCUACCCAGGUAGAGGUACCCUUUUCGUGAGAGGUGACUCUAAGGUUUUCAGAUUCCAAUCUUCUAAGUCUGCUUCCCUUUUCAAGCAAAGAAAGAACCCAAGAAAGAUUGCCUGGACCGUUUUGUACAGAAGACACCACAAGAAGGGUAUUUCUGAAGAAACCUCUAAGAGAAGAACCAGAAAGGCCGUCAAGCACCAAAGAGGUAUUGUCGGUGCUUCUUUGGAAUUGAUCAAAGAAAGAAGAAACUUGAAGGCCUCCGACAGAAAGGCUGCUAGAGAACAAAGAAUUGCCAAGGACAAGGAAGCUAAGAAGGAAGCCAAGGCCUCCAGAAAGGCUGAAAAGGCCAAGUCUGCUGCCAACGGUGCUCAGGCCAGAGUUUCUAAACAACAACAAAAGGGUGCUUUCCAAAAGGUCCAAGCCACUUCCCGUUAAGAUCUUGAAGACUUAUUUAUUGAUUUAAUCUAGCUUUUAAAUUUUUAAAUACAUACUAAAUUGUAAUUAAUAUACUCAACCACUAUCUUAGAAUGACCUCUCCCACCACGUAAUUACCAGUGAGCCGACUUAGCACCACCUUGGAGUUGCGGUAGUGGUAUCCAAAAUAAAACGUUUCGGUGGUGUGGUAGUAAAUUAGUCGUUUGCAGCCAUUAACCUUAUCAUUUAUAACCAAUACCACUCCCACAUAGAGCUUAUCACUGAGUGUCCGGAUACUUUCCCACGCCUGCCGCACCAUACCGGGCACCAGGUCCACCCCCAGAUCCGCCCUAACGAGGGUGGUCAUGAAAUUGGCUAGGUUGAGUAAAAUAAUAUCCUCUCCGUUUCCACUGCACAAACAACUCACUUCAAAUUCGUCUACUGCCCGGUAUCCUACACCAGCACCCACGACAGCCGCACACCCCACUCGGCCAGGCAACUUGAGGAAGUUUCCACCAGAUGACGCCGCCAAAUGUGUUUUCGGUCCGUCAAUGUGUAUUAGUCCAAUAGUGUCUUGCACCAGGUGAGCAUCAGCCUCGAGAAAGUUUUUGUAUUUGUCGAAAAACCGCUGCUGGCUGGGGUGUAUCGGGGGAGGCUCGUUGACAACGUCUCCCAGGAGCUGCUGGUACACGUAAUGACGCGCUGUGUAGUCAAGAACCUUGGGUUUGACCAAUCCGAUUGAAUCGAGGCUCUUCUGAUCAAAGAGGGCGUCGAUACUGUCAAAUAGUCGUACGGUUUCCCUGAGGGGAUAAUUAUGGUCGAUAUUAUAUAGACAGUUGUACCGGAUCAUGGUGGAUCCCUCAAAUGCGAGGAAACUGGCGUCAUUAUUGACGUUCCCCAGUAUAUUCAAACUGGAGCCAUAUCCACUGUUAACAAGAGGGCACUCAUCUAGGAUCUCAGCGGCGGCCAAAACCACCAAUUUCCCGUCACGUGAGCCCUGCUGUUGUGAUAGGGCCUUUCGGAUGACCUGCCUGUAUUUUGAGUUUAGUAUCUCCGGGUGGUUGCCUGCACCAAUAUGGAGAACUAGCAAAGGAGAUUGCAUGGAU